AUGGCUGAUGAGCAACCAAGGCAACUUAGACCGCGCGCGGGUGUAAACAAACCUGAAUGUCGUAGUGAGGGAACAACAGACGACGAAGCGACACGUGAGCUGUCGGCGCCACAGACCGCGUCGCAGUCACGUGAAUGCUCGCUGUCAGAUAUACUAAAAUUGUUUGCUGAUAUGAAAACCAGUUUUGAAGCAAACAUGGCACAGUUAACAAACCAAAGUGACUAUAUUGAAACGCAAAUCAGUCAGUUAACAAACCAAAGUGACAAUAUUGAAACGCAAAUCAGUCAGUUAGCAAAUCAAAGUGACAGCAGGUUCAACAGUUUAGAAUCAAGAAUAGAGGACACCCAAGUGCGAAUGAACAAUAUAAAUUCUGUUAUUACCGACAUCCAAGCACAAAUCAAAGAUUCGAAUGACAUCAUGGAGAAAAAAAUUAAAGCCAUUACCUCUGCUUACGCAAGCGAGCUAAACGCAAGCGUACACGCAAAAAUUGAUAGUGUUCUUUCGAUGGUGGAAUCCGCCGAGACCAAUAUUGGUAGCAAGUUCAUAGACAUGCAGGCCCAAAUAGAUGUGUGUAAAUCAACUGCGAGUGACUCUUUGAAACAUUACAGUGAUGUUUCAAAGAGAUUCGUGCAGUGUAACUACUUUAAAUUUACGAUGGCUGAUGAGCAACCAAGGCAACUUAGACCGCGCGCGGGUGUAAACAAACCUGAAUGUCGUAGUGAGGGAACAACAGACGACGAAGCGACACGUGAGCUGUCGGCGCCACAGACCGCGUCGCAGUCACGUGAAUGCUCGCUGUCAGAUAUACUAAAAUUGUUUGCUGAUAUGAAAACCAGUUUUGAAGCAAACAUGGCACAGUUAACAAACCAAAGUGACUAUAUUGAAACGCAAAUCAGUCAGUUAACAAACCAAAGUGACAAUAUUGAAACGCAAAUCAGUCAGUUAGCAAAUCAAAGUGACAGCAGGUUCAACAGUUUAGAAUCAAGAAUAGAGGACACCCAAGUGCGAAUGAACAAUAUAAAUUCUGUUAUUACCGACAUCCAAGCACAAAUCAAAGAUUCGAAUGACAUCAUGGAGAAAAAAAUUAAAGCCAUUACCUCUGCUUACGCAAGCGAGCUAAACGCAAGCGUACACGCAAAAAUUGAUAGUGUUCUUUCGAUGGUGGAAUCCGCCGAGACCAAUAUUGGUAGCAAGUUCAUAGACAUGCAGGCCCAAAUAGAUGUGUGUAAAUCAACUGCGAGUGACUCUUUGAAACAUUACAGUGAUGUUUCAAAGAGAAGCAAAAGGACAGACGACAGAAACAUUGAUAGCGAGGAGCUGGAUAAAGAUAGCAAUCAGCAGGAUGAAGGAGUAGAGAACGAGAAAGACCUGGAUUUUGCAGCAGGAGAUUCUCAAUCUAGGAAACUAAUUCAUCUCAAUCUAGGAAACUAUUUCAAAAGCUUGGAAAUCAUGCUCUACUUUGUAAUGACUAUGUGGGUCUCGCCUUGUAAAAAUCCAGCACUUUCAAAGCGUUUUGACUUGAGCAGGCCAGAGUCCCGACCUCAACCCAAUGGAGAACUUAUGGUCAAGACUGAGAAAUACGGUUUCAUGGCGACAUCCCAAUAA